AUGGCUGCCGAUGACUUUGGGGGGAGCUUCGUGUAUUUAGCCAUGAGCCCAGAACCUGCGAUGCUUGAAAAAGAAAGCGGCGGUGGCUUAUCAGAGCUUGCCAGAAGCAACAUUUGGUUGAUCUACAAGAACGGCGCCCGCUUCUUCACCUACUUCUGGUCCAACGUGGCGGCCUUGGGCCCUUCCAACCAGCGACAGAUGGACGGAUGGAGGACGACUGCCGUGACUGGGCGGUGGGGCAUGAAGGCCCAGCCGUCGCUGGUCGUGGACGCUCGGAGGGUCGAAGAGGAAAUUGGCCAACUGGGCGCUGGCUCUCGUUGGCCUCAAGCGCUGGUGUUUGCGCGCCGCGCGUUGGAGGAGGGGGUGAUCCCCUUGGAUCAUGUCUACAGCGCCGCCAUCGCCGCCUGCGGGCGAGGCUCACAGUGGGAAGUGGCUCUGCGAUUGCUGGUUGAACACAAGCAGCACGGCAAUAAGCUGAGCCCUUGUACUGUGGUUGUCUACACAGCAGCCAUCACUGCAUGUGCCAGGAGCAGCCAAUGGCUUCAAGCAGAGGAAGUGCUGGCAGAAAUGCAGCGCUCCAUUGUGCGAACGAACCAGUUCACCUACAGCGCUGUGAUUUCCGCUUUUCAAAGAGGUGCCCAGUGGGAAGAGGCCCUCAGCCUGCUCGGCCAGAUGGCGCGGCCCAACCUGGUGGCCUUCAACGCGGUUCUGGCAGCCUGUGGUGCCAAUCAGUGGCCCUUAGUUUUGCAGAUCCUGCACAAGCUCCGAGGGAGGAAGCUGCAGGCGGACAUUGUCACCUACACCACGUGUAUUGACGCGUGUGAGGGCCACUGGGUUUGGACUUUGCAGCUGUUGGACGAGCUUGAGAGGGACCGACUGCAGGGCAAUGCGAGGACCUAUUCGGCGGCCAUGAAGUCCUGUGAGCACUGGCCCAGUGCACUGGAGUUCUUGGAGGUCAUGCACAGGCGCCAAAUUCAGGCCAAUCUGGUCGUUCACAAUGCUUGCUUGCAUGCCUGCGCGAAGGGUGCACAGUGGAGCUUGGUCUUGGAUCAGCUGGAGGCUUUGCCAUCUAGACUUCUCUCUGCAGAUGUGGUGACCUACGCCACGGCGAUGCAUGCGGCCGUGCGAGGCAGUGCUUGGCCACAUGGCCUCGCGCUCUUCCAGAAGAUGUCCACGUGGACGGUGCAAGGCUCUGUCAGCACACCCGUGGCGAACACCUUGUUGGCAGCCUGCGAGCAGGGAAGCCUCUGGCAAGAAGCCUUGGAGAUCCUGAGGUCUCAACCAGCCUUGGACGUCACAGGCUUCAGCAGCGUUGUCUCUGCCUGCUGCAGAGCAGGGUUGUGGCGGCAUGGUGUGCACCUCCUCAAACGCAUGAGGGCACUGCAGAUACCGCUGAGCACGGGCCUCUUCGCAGCUGCCACCAACGCUUGCGCAAAGAGAGGUCAGUGGGAGGAAACCUUGAUGUGGUUGCAUGGCUCAAGAUGUUCUGCCCUGGAGCCCGGCUUGGUCGCCACCUGCGCCAGCACCGGCCUGGCAGCCGCUGGCCGUUGGCUGAAGGCUGAGGAGCUGCUGCAGAUGAUGCGCAAUGGGCAGGUGCAGACUGACACCAUGCUGUGCAGCAGUGUCAUGAGCAAAACGCAGUGGCAAGGAUGUGCACUAUCCCUGGAGCAGUUGCGCCAGUCCGGCCUGGAGCCGGAUGAGGUUGCUCUGAACACUCUUGCCAGCGCCCAAUGCCGUGGAGGCCGCUGGCGCGGGGCGCUGCGGACGGUGGCCGGCAGCCUCAGCACGGUGUGGGGCGGUGGCGUGGUGCUGGAGGCGGCCGUCGCAGGUGACUGGCGAAUAGCUUGUGAGCUGUUGAACGCUGGAGGGCCCAGAUCAAAUCGCCCGGAUUUGGUGGCCUUCGAUGCGGCGAUCACGGCCUGCGCCGCGGCCGAACACCCAGAGCUUGGCCUUGUGAUGCUAUGGGCCUCGCAGCAGCAGCGGAAGCCGCUCUCCCUGCUGUGGGCCUUGACCCAGGUGUCAGUGGAGGACGCUGAGGUCAUCCAUGCCGCGUGCGUCGAAGCUGCGGAGGACUUCCGCCACCGCCCAUGGGCUGCCUGUGAGGCGGCGCAGUUUCUCUGGUGCAGCGCUUGGUUGGGCGCCCGCGGUGCCCUGCACCGAUCGGUGCAGAGGCUCCUUGCGUCCAAGCUGGGCAGCUCCGUGCCGCGACAGCUGGCCGAGGCGGCCCUGGGCGCGGAGGAUGCACUCUUGGCGGCCAUGCAGGAGGUGGUCGAAGAGUGGUUGCCAGACUGGAGCCGUCGAUGUGGAAGCAGCUUGAAGUUUGCGGAUGAUGGUCGCUAUGUCCUUGCCCUUCUCCACGCGGCCACCUUGGCCCGUGCCCUGCGGCCGCGCACCUGCGCCACGGUCCGUUCAACGCUGCGGAUGGUCGGCCGAGCCUUGGACGGCCGAGACUGCGCUGAGGACGCGCCAAAUCCGCGGGGGUUCGCGGAGAAGCGCUUUGAGGCGGUGCAGCUAGCUGUGGGCCCUUCGGUGAGAAUGCGUUUUUCAGAUGGAGCUGUGCUGUACAAGCCCGAAGGCUGGGAGGUCUACGGCGGCCACACCCGGCUGCAGCUCAGCCACUUUGCGGCGGAAGUGCUGAAGAAGAUUCCGAUCCUAAAAGAUGAGGAGCACAACCGUGGAUUCCUCCACCGCCUGGACGUUCCAAGCUCGGGGCUGAUCCUUUUGGCUGGCAGCUACGAGGCCUUCUACGACUUGCAGGUUCAGCUCGUGUCUGGACAGAUCCUCCGCGAGUACGUGGCCCUUCUCCACGGCGUCUCCGGUUCUUCGGUGCUGGAGACGCAGCAGCAGCCGCAGCGGGCGCGGCCCAGCUGCUCCGGUGGACGAGGCAAAGCGACCAGGACAACGGUACAUGUUUUGGAGCAUCUCUGGCAUCCGGUGGGAGCUCUCAGCCGCGUGGUUGUGGAGAUCACCACCGGGCGCAAGCAUCAGAUUAGGAGUCAAUGUGCGCAUGUGGGGCACCCCAUCCUUCGUGAUGCCUUGUAUAGUAGCACCUCCACUUUUGAGUCGGACCUGCAACUUUGUUCCAGGAACUGGCUCCACCGGCAACGGCUCACCUUUCACGAUCUUGAGGGCAAGAAAUGUGAGGCCGGGACGUGUUGGGUGGAUUGCUGA